GGUGAUAACCUGUGGGGGCGGCGGGCAAGCGAAUUACGUGUCUGGGAGAGUGGGCCCGGCGCUGACAGAAAGGCUGGAGGUCACGAAAUGUUCUGCCGUAAGCUGAAGGCCCUCAGCUACCCGGAGGCGGAGCAGUUUGACCACACAGACCAGCGCCAACUGCGCUCGGCCGCGCUCUGGCUGGAGGAGCAGAAGAUCCGACACUACGCGGCCGGCGACCGCGGCCCGCUCCGGGACCUGCAGGCCGAGCAGUGGUCCGAGGCGUUCUCCCGCUACCUCACAGACUUGUCGGCGCCCGUGUCGGCCGCUGACGAAGCUGGCUCGCUCGACUGGCUGCUGGGCCGUGCCGUCCGUCUGGCGUAUGGAGAUAACUUGAAGAAGUACCAGUCGGCGCAGGUCAAUGGCACCGCCGGACAGCCGCAGACCGUGAAGGCGCCCUCUCAGAAUCCAUUAGACAACUUAGAUUUCAACAGCGCCGAGUUUGUGUCGGGCGUGGAGCGUCUGGCGCGCCUGCUGAACCUGCCCUGCCACCCGGACCACCUGGUGACGCUGCAGGCCGUCAGCGGCCUCAUCUGCCAGCGGCUCAACAAGCAGGCGCUCGCUGACCCCGACCUGGUGGUGGUCAAGGGCACGCCGUUCCCGCUUCAGGACGCCGACCUGGGCUUCGACACGGGCGACCCGGUGCUGAACCAGGCGGCCAAGGUGCUACGGCUGCUUCACAUCCGCGACCUGCGCGCCCUCCAGACAGCCAUCAAUGAGGCGCUGGUGGCCGUGCAGGGCCUGGUCGCCGACCCGCGCACCGACACGCGCCUCGGCAAGGUCGGCAAGUGACCCGGUCAGCGUCGGAGGCGGACCUCCGCUGCGGCGGAGCAGCUCCACCCGGACGGACGGGCCGCGAGGUCGGCAGGUUAACUCCGCAGGCGUGGCCUCCAGAUCGAGGUCGGAAGGUCGAGACCGGGUCAUGUUUGACAGAUGACCUCUGUCGGGGUUGGCGGACGGCCGCCUGUCAGUGACUGACCGGCGGCCGACCGCGUCACGUGCUACAGCCGGCGGUACCAACGGCUGGUGUGCCGCGUCCGCUGCGCGUUCGCUGCGUCGGGGUCGUCUCGGUGGGCGGGAGGGCGGGGGAUCUCGUGGUCACACCGCGGUCACUGCUGGGCUCCACCGCUCGGGAGCUGGGCCCGUGGGGCCGCAGCGACCCUGCCGGGCGGCUGUGGACUUCCCUAUCCCAAACAGAGGGAUGUAUCAUCUGGCUGUCUGGCGCUCUUGUAUCGUACGCCACCGGUGAAUAACUCUGUACACCGUCAUGACGACGUCCCUUGCACAUCAGGACAGGCUCUGCCCGAUCCGGGUGAUCCGUAAAGAAAGUUGACCGAGGGCACGGUUCGCCGCUGUACCUGUGCCACAGUGGUGUGGCGAGUGAUAUUCAACCCGCUGUCCGGUGUUUGUUGUUCGCGUGUGUUUGUCAGGGAAUCAGAGGCCCUGUGGUUGGCGCCGCACUGACGCCCCGCUGACGAGCUGUGCUGCUGUGCCAGUGUGACAAUAAAUUGACACGCUGUGGGUGGCGUCUGGUGGAGCCGCCCAGUGUGACGGGGUCGGGGUGGGCCCCCGUCACCCGUACCGCCUCCUGUCGCCGCCGAUCACCCUACCGACUGAAUUGUGACGCCCCGAGCACGCUGGCCGGAGUCAAGGUGAACUUCUGACAUCAAUUAGCGUGGUAGCACGGGCAACUGGGUGUAAGUGUCCGAAGUAAUUAGUGCCACGUGCGGGCGCAUGACAGGUGUGCUUAAUGAGGUUUUGGGUGUGAGGUGCAAUGGUUUGGUCCGUGCAGGAACCUUGGAUAUUAGUGAAUCGGUUUUUAAAGGGAAGCACUAGGAUUCAGCAGGGCUGUGUGCAGGCUCGUGGUUCGAUCAUCUUCAGCGGAAUCGUUUCUGACUCUGACUGACUCAGAACGCAUUGAGCUAAUUCCGACUGUGAUUUAGAGCGAAUCGGAGCAAUUUUGAGUCCGCUGGUUCUGAU